UUUUGUAGUAUCGCAGCAGCAGCAGCAGCAGUAAACGUUAUUGGGUAUUCAAAUCCGUCCAUUUCCAUCCCCAUUUAAUACCCCCUCUUUAGUUUUCCCGCAAUCACUGUCAUCACGAGGAUACACGGGUACCGCUAAUAAAUUUCCUUAGCUCCCAGGAUGGCCGCAAUGAUGCUGUCCAACUGUUCGCGAAUCGCGCCCCGGACAUUAACACGUUUAACUUCAUUAUCACGUGCUGAGAUCGUACGCUCUCUGCAUCUCGAAGGGCGUGUUCUUAGACUAAAAACAAGGAGUUUAGCUAAUGAGUUAUCUCAUAUUUUAUCAAAAGAAAGUCCCACUUGUUGGACUCAAGUGAGACAUAUACGUUCGUCUCAAGUAUUAUGGGAGCUGAAAGAUAUUGUCGUUCCACCUUUUGCAGAAAGUGUAAACGAAGGUGACGUAAGGUGGGAGAAAAAAGUUGGAGACCAGGUAAAAGAGGAUGACGUCGUUUGUGAGAUCGAAACCGAUAAGACCUCUGUACCUGUUCCAUCCCCUGGUGCUGGUGUGAUAAAAGAGCUCUUUGUCAAAGAUGGUGACACCGUGAAAGCCGGACAAAAGUUAUGUAGCAUCGAUAUUGGCGCUACUGGUGGAAAUGCUGCAGCAGCGGCAGAAGCUCCUAAAGCUGCUGCACCACCACCACCACCACCACCACCUACUCCAACAGCAGUGGCUCCAAAAGUAGCAGCCGCUCCACCACCACCGCCUCCGCCAUCAGCAGCGCCCGUAUCACCUCCAGCCGCAAGACCACCACCGCCUCAAGCACCCACUGCCUCAAUGCCCGUAGCUGCCAUUAAACAUGCCCAGUCAUUGGAGGGCGCCAAAGUCCAAUUGCCUCCUCUUGAUUACUCUCGUGAGAUUAUCGGCACUCGAACUGAACAAAGGGUUAAAAUGAAUCGAAUGCGACUUCGUAUUGCCGAACGUUUGAAGGAAGCUCAAAAUGUGAAUGCCAUGCUCACAACUUUUAACGAAAUUGACAUGAGCGGCAUAAUGGAAUUCCGUAAACAAAAUCAAGAAGCCUUCACUAAAAAAUACGGUCUCAAAAUGGGAUUCAUGAGUCCAUUUAUCGCAGCUACUGCUUAUGCACUUAAAGAUCAACCAGUGGUUAAUGCUGUUAUUGAUGGUACGGAUAUCGUUUACCGUGACUUUGUUGACGUCAGUGUAGCUGUUGCUACACCAAAAGGUCUUGUAGUACCUGUAUUGCGUAGCGUAGAAAACAAAAACUUCGCUGAAAUCGAAAUUGCUCUGGCUGCAUUGGGUGACAAAGCAAGAAAAGGUAAAAUAUCUGUUGAAGAUAUGGAUGGUGGUACCUUUACUAUCAGCAACGGAGGAGUCUUUGGUUCACUGAUGGGCACACCAAUUAUUAAUCCUCCACAGAGUGCCAUUCUUGGUAUGCAUGGCGUUUUCGACCGACCAAUUGCUGUCAAGGGACAGGUCGUAAUACGUCCCAUGAUGUACGUUGCUUUGACUUACGAUCAUCGAUUGAUUGAUGGGCGUGAAGCUGUUAUGUUCUUACGUAAAAUAAAGGAGGGAGUUGAAGACCCGAGAAUAGUUUUAGCUGGUCUUUAAAUUUAAAAUCCAUUUGUUAUCACGUCACAUCGAGAACGCCUUGCAACUUUUUGCAUAAUUGUACAAACAAAACAUGUAACAUAAUUUAAAUUUUCAUUUAUUAAUUAUCAGAUUAAUCUAUGGACAACAAUCGUUAUUGUCAAGUUAUCUUAACAUCAAUAGAUGUUGAAUUACUGGGAUUUUUUCUGAUGCAGUACAUUGACGUUCAUAUCAAUCCGAAUCAUACAUUUUAUUUUUGUUUAUCACAUUCAUUUGAAUUAUUGUUAUUUUUCGUUCAAUACUCAUUUUACUUAAAUUUAAAUAAAAGAAAUUAUUAAUACCGUAAUGAUGGCAAAUGGGCAAGCGUUGUGAUUAUAUUUAUAGAUAAUUGAAGAGAACUAUUCUGCGUAAACCAAAAUGUAUAUAAUGUAACAAAAAAUUAUUACGUUAUGAGCGGAAUGGAGAUUAUUGAAGAGUAUCCAUAAAUUUUAAUACUAAUUUUCACAACCUUCACAUUCUGAAGCGAACUAAGAAAAAAAUAAAAAAUACGUAUUUUUAAGCUUCAA